GGCCCGCCCCCUCAAGGCCGGCUGCAGUGGGCCUUAAAGGCACGCAGCCGUAGCUUCCGGGUGGAAGCUGUUGCGCACCCCAGAGCUUGGAAACGCGUUAGUCCCUGUUUACCAGCCCGCCCGGCAUGGCCCCCAAAGUCUCGGACUCUGUGGAACAGCUCCGCGCUGCCGGCAACCAGAACUUCCGCAAUGGCCAGUACGGCGAGGCCUCCGCGCUGUACGAGCGCGCACUGCGGCUGCUGCAGGCGCGAGGUUCUGCAGACCCAGAAGAAGAGAGUGUUCUGUACUCCAACCGUGCAGCGUGCUACUUGAAGGAUGGGAAUUGCACAGACUGCAUCAAAGAUUGCACUUCAGCACUGGCCUUGGUUCCCUUCAGCAUCAAGCCCUUGCUGCGAAGAGCAUCUGCAUAUGAAGCUCUGGAGAAGUACUCCCUGGCCUAUGUCGACUAUAAGACUGUGCUGCAGAUCGACAACAGUGUGGCAUCAGCCCUGGAAGGCAUCAACAGAAUAACCAGAGCUCUCAUGGACUCCCUUGGACCUGAGUGGCGCCUCAAGCUGCCCCCUAUCCCUGUGGUGCCUGUGUCAGCCCAGAAGAGAUGGAGUUCCUUGCCUUCGGAGAACCACAAAGAGACAGCUAAAAGCAAAUCCAAAGAAACCACAGCUACGAAGAACAGAGAGCGCUAUGUCAUCUGGUCCUGAAGCAGUACAAGGAGGCAGAGAAGGACUGCACAGAAGCCCUCAAGCUGGAUGGGAAGAAUGUAAAGGCCUUUUACAGACGCGCUCAAGCCUACAAGGCACUCAAGGUAAAGACUCCCACCCAGACGCCAGGCACAGCCAGAGGUUUAUGUGGGUGCUGGCUCCCGGUUUAGCACAUGAAGCAGCACUUCUGUGUUCUUCUCCCAAGCCCUAGGAAAGCUCUGUUCUCCUACGUCAGCAGCUGUCCUCACACGCCCUGGUUCUCUAGGUUCCCUCCCCAACUCUGUUUCUCUCACAGGACUAUAAAUCCAGCCUUGCGGAUAUCAGCAGCCUUCUACAGAUUGAACCCAGGAAUGGCCCUGCACAUAAGCUACGGCAGGAGGUUAACCAGAACAUGAACUAAAACCAUGAGAGAGCAACAGGAACCCUGAACUUGACCUUCCCAGAGAAGCUAGGACCUCCCCUGCAUCUGCCCCUGAUACCCAGCAUGCCGCCAAGGGAGUGCAAAAUCAACCCCACUUUGACUCCUUGGAGAGGUAGCAGCCUUCCACUGAGAAGUUUUGCUUGUUCAGAUUAAGUCCAUUACAGACAAGCACAGGACUCUUUCUCUUUUUUUCUAGAAAGGUCCCCAUUAGAGUUUUAAAAAGUGUGAAGCCACAGCCCUGGCCUCAUCCGCUUGCUUCUGCCUGGCCCUUGUUAACAAAGUACUUGGCAAUUGUCCCAGACCCAGAUGUGCCUCAGACUGAGUGCCCUGUGGCUUCCCAGACACCAUGCCUCUGCAGUUCACCUGAGCUGGGAGAGUAGUGUUUGUUGACAGGCUAAAGUGCUUGCUCCCUACACCCACGCAGCCUGUUGAGCUGGUUCUCCAAGGCUGCCAUCUCCCCAAGGGUACAGCUGCUAUCUGCACCCUGUCCUUGGCACAGUGUCCUGUGUUGAGCCCCAGUGCCUUUAGUCCAGGCCCUUUGUGGGAAGGCAGAGCCUAACCCUUGGAGGCUCUGUGCUGUUGCCUUCUGUAUGAGCUACCUACGAUGUUCAAAGAGCCCAUAUUCCUCCUGGGAUGGGGAGCGAGGCCUCCUUGAGAUUAGUGUCCCUCCAGUCUGAGCAGGAACUUAACCCUUUCCCCCAACAGCAGCCCCUCAGGCUUCUUUGUUUUGUUUUGUUAAUAUGUUGAAGUUAAUUGAACUGAUUUUAUUGAAGUGUGUGUGUUGUGGUUGCAUUAAAAGGUUUUCUUCUGUA